AUGCUAAAUGCCUAUAUGCAGAUCGCUACGGGUAGAAAAACGGCAACAAUUGGUGUUGUCGGCCUGAGAACAGAUGGUAGAGUACUUCGCUUCCUUCGUUCUGGCCGAGCUCUAACUCAAAAAGGUACCUCGAGUGACAUGUGGACCAAAUCCAAAGAUAAUUCAUACAAAAAUAUUUCAAUUUUCAAGGAAAUUGGCCAGUACGUCUUCGUUAAGCCUAGAGGGUUAGAUGGGUCUAAUAAUUUUCAUAGAGCACGCAUGCCUGAUCUUAGGGAGCUUCAAAGCUUGAUAAAACCCAGCAAUACAGAUAACGGCGAUGCAAUUUCUUCGAUUAUAUUGGCAAUUGACAUGAUAGCCAAAUAUUGCAAGAAACUUAGAUACAAGAGACAAAUUGUCCUUGUUACCAACGGAAAGGGGCCUAUGGACCUCGAUGGCAUGGAUACUAUUGCAGAAAAGAUAAGAGAAGAAGGCAUUGAACUUGUUAUUCUCGGGGUGGACUUUGAUGACCUUGAAUUCGGCGUUAAAGAAGAAGACAAGGAUGCAGCUAAGGUCGAGAAUGAGUCUUCACUUCAAGGACUAUGUGAUGUCUGUGAUGGUGUCUAUGGUACCUUGGAACAAGCGAUAUCCGAGCUUGAUACCCCACGUGUUAAGGUUGUGCGAGGUAUACCCAGUUUCAAAGGAGAUUUCAAACUCGGGGACCCGGACAAGUAUGACUCUGCACUAACAAUCCAGGUGGAAAGGUACUUUCGAACGUAUGCGGCCCGACCACCACCUGCUAGUUCAUUCGUACUAUCCGGUGCACCCCCGGAAAUUCAGGAAACUGGAGAUUCUUCAGCAAAUUUGAAGAACGCGAGAACUGACACUAGAAAGAGCACCUCAAACGAACUAACAAGUGUCAGAAAUGCGCGAUCUUAUCAAGUCGCUGAUAGUGGAGUAGUAGGCGGCAAGAGAGACGUGGAGCGUGAUGCCCUUGCAAAGGGAUACGAGUAUGGCCGGACGGCGGUGCAUAUCACUGAAUCAGACGAAAAUAUAACGAAGCUUGAAACAAAGGCUGCCUUAGAGAUAGUUGGAUUCAUCCCAAUUGAACAUUACGACCGAUACAUGAACAUGUCGAAUUCUAAUGUUAUUAUCGCCCAGAGGACCAAUAACAAAGCUAUCAUCGCUCUUUCCUCCAUUAUACAUGCUCUUCACGAAGUCGAAAGCUAUGCCGUGGGGCGGCUAGUUACUAAAGAUGGCAAAUCUCCUACCUUAGUUCUGUUAGCUCCUUCAAUUGACCCGGACUAUGAGUGUUUGCUUGAGGUCCAGUUGCCGUUUGCAGAAGAUGUCCGCUGUUAUCGUUUCCCACCCCUGGAUAGGGUAACUACCAUGUCUGGAAAAGUUGUCAAGGAGCAUCGAAACCUGCCAAACGAAAAUCUUUUAGCGGCUAUGGAAAAAUAUGUGGAAAACAUGGAGCUUGUCCAGCUUGGAGAAGAAGGGUAA